AUGUUCACCGGCAUCGUCGAGAAAAUCGGCACCGUCUCCAAACUCGUCCAAAACGAUGAAACAUCCUCCGGCGGCGGAGGCACCUCCCUCACCAUAAGCGACUGCGCCGAAAUCCUCGGUGACUGCCACCUGGGAGACAGCAUAAGCAUCAAUGGCACAUGUCUGACCGUGACGGAGUUCGAGAAAGAUUCGUUCAAGGUUGGAGUUUCACCUGAGACGCUACGACGCACGAACUUGGGUUCGCUGAAGGAGGGGAGUGGUGUGAACCUUGAACGCGCCGUGAGUGGCAGUACACGGAUGGGCGGACACUUCGUGCAGGGACAUGUCGACACCAUCGCCACGAUCCUCAAGACCACGCCGGACGGCAACGCCGUUACGUUCCGUCUGCAGCCUAAAGAUAAGGGCGUGUUGCGCUACAUUGUCGAGAAGGGAUACGUCACGCUUGAUGGAGCUUCGUUGACGAUCACGAAUGUGAACGAUGAUGAGGGUUGGUGGGAGGUGAUGUUGAUUGCGUAUACGCAGGAGAAGAUUGUGAUGGGAGGGAAGAAGGAGGGUCAGGAUGUGAAUGUCGAGGUUGAUAUGGUGGGGAAGUAUGUGGAGAAGAGCGUGAAGGCGUAUUUCGAGACGAAUGCUGGGGAUGGGGGCGCCGUGUUGGAGAAGAUGGUGCAGAGGAUUGUGGAUGGGAGGUUGAAGGGGAGGUAG